AUAAUCACAUUAAAAUUAUCAGUGUCGAAAACAAUGUAAAAUAACAUAAAAAACCAUUCUUCAUACAAUAUAUAGGGACCCAAGAUGUUUCUUCAGGCUUGCAAUACUGUACUUUAUGGCGUUAUUGUAUUAAGUCUUAUUUUAAUUGAUUACAUACUUGGUAAUGGGCUGGUUGAAAUAUCCCAGAAGAUGUUCUGCAAGUUUGCAUGUUUCGUUAAAAGAUCUAUAAGGGAGGAAGUGAAGCAGGCUGCUGUAAUAAGCGAGAAUCCUAUCAGUCUACCAGUUUUGUUUACUGAAAUUAUAGUUUUAACUCUGACUAUAGCAUGUCUAAACAAAUACAAGCAAAACCGCGGUCACGAUAGACUUGAUGAACUACUUCAUCAGAGCAAGGAGGCGCUGCGUCAGACCAAUGAGUUUCUUGAGAAAUGGCGCCUACGGAGGAUAAAUUGCCAGGUACCCGCCGAGUAUUCCUAUUUGGAUGACGAGCCACAAGAGAUCCAGCCUCUGAAACUAGAAGUUCCAAUACUGCACAUGGCCAUAGUCGAUACUCAGGGUACAGCCAGGAACCAACCUGAAAGCGGUGAUGCCGGUGAUACCAUCAAUAUCACCGACUCUACACUUCUCUCAUCGACGUCACUGCUCGAUGAAGACUUAGAUUCUAUACCGGAUCAAACUCUUGAUCGAAUAGACGAAUCGAGACGAGUCGAAUUAAGAAACCGAUACUUGUGGAAUGUGACUGAGGAAGAUGCUAAUAAUGUGGAGAAUUAAUUUGUGUCUUGGCUUGUAUUUGUGUAUAAAAUGUUAUCAUUAU